UUUCAGAUACCAUGUCGUCCGCGCUGAGUCGCGGACUCUGCUCGCCGCUGCGACUAGCGGCGCGUCGCUCCAUCUCCACGUCCAUCGUACACAACGAGACCAUACUCGUCAAGAACAACGAGGAGUUCGUCAACAAGGUGAUGAACAACGACAAACCAGUCAUAGUGAAUUUCCACGCGGAGUGGUGUGAGCCGUGCAAGAUACUCACCCCUAAGCUUCGAGAGCUGAUCGAGCCUUUAGGCGACCUUGACUUGGCUGUGGUGGACGUUGAAGAUAAUGCUGAACUGGUUCACACAUUUGAGGUAAAAGCAGUCCCAGCAGUGAUAGCCAUCAAAAACGGUCUGAUAGUGGACAAAUUCAUCGGCCUAGUCGAAGCGGACAUGAUCACCAACCUGAUCGACCGGAUGUCCGGCAAAAAAAAUGAUGGCGCGUAAAUACCUCAGUUAAGUAUGGAGUGUGGGAGGGAAAACUUUUAAGACCCUUAUUUUAUCCUUUAGCGUCUCCCCGUGAUAAUAGGGUAUUUGACUACUAGUCAAAUUAGUUUCUUUUUUCGAACUGUCAAAACGAUUUUGCUACUAUGGAAUUUAUAUGAAAAACUAGCAUGUGACGUCACAAUCAAAUUACCUACUCUUUAUAGUUUUAUACAAGUUUUAAAAUAGAAAUUGUGUCUAAAAAUAACUGCUGUCUACGUUUCUGUAUUAAUGGUCUGUUGCUUUAUUUCAUGCAUGGUGUAAAAUAAUUUUAUUAUAAUUUAUUUUAAGUACAGUCAAAUGCCCAAUACUAGUACUAAUUACAUACAGUGAAAUUUAAAACAUUAUUAUAUAAAACAGCCGUCUUUGUUUUAUCUUCUUCACAAACAAAACAAAUUUACUAAACUUAUUGACCGGGAUAUAGACCGUGAUUACCUUUUGUAUGGUUUUUGAGCUCCCGAUGCGGUCUCGGUCUGUUAAAACAAAUUGAACUCUGUUUUCUACUUCCAUAAAUUCAAAUUUGACUGCCUAUUUUUCUUGUAUGGUGGGCCGCUAGGGGUUAUUGCAGAGUAGAUAAUAGAUAGUAAAGAUAGCCGGAAGAAACUGCUUAUUGUAUCACAUAAUGGUAAAUUUGGUACAGAAAAAAUUGCAACAGUACCUUUCUUUUGGUAUAAACAGAUUCAGGGUUCGAAAGGAUAAUUAACAAUGAUAGUUGUCUUGAUAAUUAUCGCUGAUAGUUAUCUUUCACUUCUCACACUUCAUGUUUGUGUUUAUUGUAAUAGUCAAGAUUCAAUUUUUACUUUGCGAUGGCUUAAAUAAUGUGAUCGAAUAAGUACCGAGCAUAAUGUUUUUUGAGGCACCGUCGUACCAAAUAUUUACGUACAUUAUUUAUGCCAAUACCCGUUUGUACUAGAUAAGUUACGUGUUGUCAUAUUUUUGUAUUCGUUUUUGUGUAGGUAGCAAUUAAACCGAAAUAAAUGUUUACGAAGGAAAAAAACAUUUUGUACGUACAUUAUUUAUGCCAAUACCCGUUUGUACUAGAUAAGUUACGUGUUGUCAUAUUUUUGUAUUCGUUUUUGUGUAGGUAGCAAUUAAACCGAAAUAAAUGUUUACGAAGGAAAAAAACAUUUUUUUCGGUUUAUAGUUUAAUAGUAGUGUGUACUUGGAAAAACACAAAUUAAAAUAUUUUCAUAGAAAGUAAUUUAAUUUGUUGUUAGGUAGCAAUUGAUUUGUUAAAGCAAUAAUUUUAUUGUUUAAAUAUAAUAUAAGUUAUCUCGCAAUUCUCGUGAUAUGAGUAGAUAGAUUUAUUGUUAUAUUGUUUGUGUUCAUGUGCCCAAUAAGAUAGUCAAUAUAAAUAUGGCCCUUUGUUUUUUUUCUAACAUUAAAAUGAUAGUUUAAUUGCCCCAAUUCAGUACAAUAUCAGGAUAAAUGGAUUAUAUUUUUUAUACCAAUACCACACACAAUAUUCGGCACGUCUGAUGGUAGAUGGACAAUCUUACUGCCAUUUUCGUAU